AUGGCGCCACAACUCGACCUCUCCGACCCUCGACUGCUGGUCAUUCCUCCGCGAAUAAACCUUCGUCGAGCCGCCUCUUACAACCUUCACGAACGCGCCCAGGGCCAAGACUCUGCGUCCUCAUCGUCUAGUCAACUACCUCUCAGCAGCCUUCUCUGGUCUCCGCCCCCUUCGCCCAGUCUGCCGUCACUGCUGCCUCGACGCAAACGAGCUUCCUCAAACCCGUUUUCCCGUCAUCCGAGGCGAAUUGUCCGCUUUCUCUUCUACUUCAUAUUACUAUCGGGCCUUGGAUACUUUCUUCUGCGCUUAUUCGGCAAAGAUGUGAGCUCAAUCUCCCUCCUCGAGGACGAAUACAACAUGGUUGCCCAAGACGAUUUGCCCGACUUUCCUACGCCCAUCGUCAUUGACGACAACCGCGGUCGCUCAAAGUGGACUGUUUCGAUCCCCAGAAACUAUCGCUUCCCUCUUUCAAUGGAGGACUAUUCGGAAAUGAUGGGCCAUUGUCGCGAGGCUGCUGUUCGCCAAACAUCGGAGUCUGAUUCCUCUGCCAGUCAGGCAACCUUGAAAAACCACGGCUUCAAUCGCUUUGUUGAUGUUGCCGAGGCAGAAAAGACACAUCUGCUGCCCUCCUCCGACAUUUUGCCUUCCAAGCGCUCGCGCAGCGGCAGCCUUGUUGGGCUUGAGGGAGAUGUUGAUCAUCUCCCCGUCUGCCAGAACUCCAUGACAUACGUUCUCGAAAGCACAAAUGCUGGCCUUGGCCACGCUCUCAUGUCGAUGUGGACCUCGUAUGGUAUUGCCAAAGAACUUGGAAAAGCAUUUUUCGUUGAUGACUCCCGAUGGGCCUAUGGUUCAUACCUCGACAUCUUUCAAGCACCUCCCGUACCCAACUGCCAGCCACCACCGCGACACCACAUUUUACCUUGUCCAGCCGAGGCCAGGCACCUGGCCAUCUCUAAUGCCAAUGCCAAAGAGAUUCUGCCUGUAUUGAUGGCCAAAGUCAAUUCUGGCCACAAAACUAGCGACACUCGGCAACUCUUCAAACUAGCUAGAGCCGGCUACUCGGACAUGUUCAAGAUGAACAAAGCCGACAGAGCUUAUACCGAGAAGCGCAUCCACGAAAUGCAGGCCAAGGCCAAGGCUGGUGCAACAUCGUCUACCGAUGCCCCCAUCAUUGGCCUACACAUUCGCCAUGGUGACAAACACCCGCUGGAGUUCCAGUACAAGGACACGUAUAUUCCUGCCGAGGUUUAUCUGAGCAAGGUGCAGAGUCUUGUUGAGGAGCAUUACAAUGAGACUGUCGGCGCCCAUUACAAAGGUUCCCGCCACUCCAUUACCAUGCUGGCCUCUGACGACCCUCACACUUAUCAGGAGGACGAAAUGUCCAGCCUUGUCCCUGCACAGGAUCGUAUUCAGCUGGCUUCCAAGGAUAACAUCGAGGACGCAAGCAAUAAUCCCCACGUGCUGCAUCAUUUCGUCGAAGACACUUUUGGCUGGGAAGGCGGCUUCUUUGCCCCCGUUUUCUGGCACCUGGGCUCUGAGUCCAAGGAUAAUUCUGCCAACGCACCAGCCGCGACUCCUUACCUCUCGGAAAGUAGAGCGGUGUCCAGGUUGAGACCGUCUCAGCAGACUCUGAAACUCCGCAGCCUUCUCGGUCGCGCGUAUAUGAUGGACCUCGCCGUGCUUUCCGGAGCUAGUGACCAGGUGGUCUGCGCAGUGAGUGCAAUGGGGUGCAGACUUCUUGGAGUCAUGAUGGGAUGGGAUAGUAUCGAGGCCGGCACAUGGAUCAAUGUGGACGGCAACUAUGAGUGGCGUGGCCUCGACCUCUAA